UAAACUUUUUCAACGGCCUAUACCAACAAGCGGAUCGCACACGAGGAAGCGGGUGUAAGGAUCUCGACGUGAUGAAAGUCGCUUUAAAGGAAUUUAAAGAGAGAUUUCCGAACGGUUUUCAACAUGUCGAGGCGUGGGAGGUCGUUCGAAAACACGACAAAUGGGCCCAAGUCCCAUUGUUGGGUAAGGAAGGGGAAGGUUCGGCACAAAAAAGAAAGCCCGUUGACGUGGACCCUUCGAUACCCGAUAUGAACGAAGACCCCUCGCCACAAAGAACACAACGGCGAGACAAGCGUCAAGCGACAUCGUCCGAGGGAAGCUCGGCCGAGUUGGCGGCACAAUUCAAAGAGUACACCGCCAUGAAAGAAGCGAAGCACGCGAUGGAAUUGGAGGCGAUUGAAUUGAGGAAGAAAAGAGAGUCGGAGGCUCACGAGCUCAUAUCGGAACAACGCGAGACGAUGAAAAACUACAAUUACGAUCGAGAUAUGAAAACAUUCCUCAAGCCGCAGGACGAUGCUCCGCCAAAUAUGUUGCCGUUCAUCCUCGCCCGAAAGCGCGACAUCGCUAACAAGUACGGGUGGCCGUGCGAUUUCUAAAAUUUCUAUU